GCGGGCGGAAAAUAGAGGAGGAAGGUCGCGCGCUGCCUCCGCGCCCGCCCCAGGUCUCCCUCCCUCCCUCUUUCCCUCCCUCCCCCCGCGACGAUACCUGUGGGGGGCGGUGCCCAGUAUGCAGAUGAGCGCCGCGGGGCGGGCCCGACGAUGCAAAUUGAAGCCUCCCGCCAGGUGAGCACCGCGCCAGAGGCCGCACAGAGCUAGCAGAGCUGUGAAGAUUUAUCUGUGCAUCUUUGGAGAACUGACUAACCGUCAGCAUGAUUCUUCUCCAUCGACUAUUGGACCUCCAGUGGCAAAGAAUGACUCUGACGUGGUGGAGGCUGUGUGGCGCCCGGCACAGCAGCACCAAUGUUGCUGAGCCUCACGCGAUGCCCCUGCCAACACAUGCACAAGUGGUUAUCUGUGGUGGUGGAAUCAUGGGCACCUCAGUGGCAUAUCAUCUCUCCAAGCUAGGGUGGAAGGACAUUGUCUUACUGGAGCAGGGCAGGCUGGCAGCCGGUUCCACGCGAUUCUGCGCAGGCAUCGUAAGCACCGUGCGGCAUUUGUCCAUUGAGCUGAAGAUGGCCGAUUACUCAAGGAGGCUCUACCAGCAACUUGAGCAAGAGACAGGUGUGAAAACGGGUUACAUGAGGACAGGCUCCAUCUCAUUAGCUCAGACCCAAGACCGGCUGAUCUCGCUGAAACGCAUCGCCUCCCGACUCAAAAUCAUGGGAAUCCCCUGCGAGCUUAUCCCGCCAAAGAGAGUGGCCCAACUCCACUCCUUUAUCAACAUCCACGACCUGGUGGGGGCCCUGCAUGUGCCCGAGGAUGCCAUCGUAUCAUCUGCUGAUGUGACCCUCGCUUUGGCCAAUGCGGCUGCAGCAAACGGUGUUCAGAUCCACGAGCGAACCAGUGUCAUCCACGUUUUGGGCCAGAAAGGCUGCGUAACUGGAGUGGAUACGGACAGAGGGAUGAUUGAGUGCUCAUAUUUCGUUAACUGUGCUGGGCAGUGGGCUUACGAGCUCGGCCUUUCCAACGAGGAGCCGGUCAGCAUCCCGCUACAUGCCUGCGAGCACUUCUACCUUCUGACGCGUCCCCUGAAGACCCCCCUGGAGAGUAGCACUCCAACCGUUGUGGACCUUGAUGGGAGGAUCUACAUUCGCAGCUGGCAAGGGGGCAUCCUCUCUGGCGGCUUUGAAAAGAACCCCAAGCCCAUUUUCACCGAGGGCAAGAAUCAGCUGGAGAUACACAGCUUGCAGGAAGAUUGGGAUCACUUUGAGCCACUCCUGAGCGCCUUGCUGCGGAGGAUGCCCGACAUGGAGGCCCUGGAGAUAGUGCAGCUGGUGAAUUGCCCAGAAUCCUUUACUCCAGACAUGCGGUGCAUCAUGGGAGAAUCCCCCACCAGACAGGGCUACUUCGUCCUAGCGGGAAUGAAUGCAGCCGGUACCUCUUUUGGAGGUGGAGCAGGCAAGUUCCUGGCUGAAUGGAUGGUGAACGGCUACCCCUCUGACAACGUCUGGCCCUUGGACCUGAAGCGCUUCGGGGCUCUGCAAAGCAGCCGCACCUUCCUCCGCCACCGGGUCAUGGAAGUGAUGCCCCUGAUUUAUGAACUAAAAGUUCCCCGCUGGGAUUUCCAGACUGGCCGGCAGCUCCGCACGUCUCCCCUUUACGACCGGCUGGAUGCCCAGGGAGCGAGGUGGAUGGAGAAGCAUGGUUUUGAGAGGGCAAAAUACUUUGUCCCUCCAGGGAAAGAUUUGCUGGCUCUGGAUCAGAGCAAGACCUUUUACAAGCCGGACUGGUUUGACAUUGUGGGGGCAGAGGUCAAGUGCUGCAAAGAGGCCGUCUGUGUCAUUGACAUGUCCUCUUUCACCAAGUUUGAGAUAAGCUCCACAGGGGGACAGGCUUUGGAGGUUCUGCAGUAUCUCUUCUCCAACGACCUGGACGUGCCAGUUGGGCAUAUUGUGCACACAGGGAUGCUCAAUCACAACGGAGGAUACGAGAACGACUGCAGCAUAGCCCGCGUGAACAAACGCAGCUUCUUCAUGAUUUCCCCCACAGACCAGCAGGUGCACUGCUGGGCCUGGUUGAAGAAGCACAUGCCUGAAGACAGCAAUCUCUUCUUGGAAGACGUUACCUGGAAAUACACAGCCUUGAAUCUGAUUGGCCCACGUGCCAUGGAUGUCCUAUCGGAGCUCUCUUAUGCGCCAAUGACGCCUGAACAUUUCCCUUCCCUCUUUUGUAAGGAGAUGAGUGUCGGCUAUGCCAAUGGCAUCCGUGUCAUGAGUAUGACGCACACGGGGGAGCCCGGCUUCAUGCUCUACAUCCCCAUCGAGUAUGCCCUCCAUGUGUACAACGAGGUGAUGAGCGUGGGGCAGAAGUACGGGAUCCGGAACGCUGGCUAUUACGCCCUCCGCAGCUUGCGCAUUGAGAAGUUUUUUGCCUUCUGGGGCCAAGAUCUGGAUGCUUUCACCAGCCCUAUGGAAUGUGGGCGAGAAUUCCGGGUGAAGCUGGACAAGGGCAUGGAUUUCAUCGGGAAGGAUGCGCUGAUGGCUCAGAAGCUGGAAGGGGUCUACAAGCGCUUCACCAUGUUCAUCCUGGAAGACCAUAACACAGAUCUGGACUUGUGGCCCUGGUGGGGGGAGCCCAUCUAUCGCAACGGCUGCUACGUGGGCAAGACCACCAGCAGCGCUUACAGUUACACGCUGGAGCGGCAUGUUUGCCUGGGCUUCGUUCACAACCUGGACCCCGAGACCGGCAAGGAGCAGCUGGUCACCACAGACUUUGUCAACCGGGGCGAAUACGAGAUCGACAUUGCGGGGCAGCGCUUCCAAGCCAAGGCCAAGCUGUACCCCUUCAGCUCCCUGUUCACCUCCCGCCGGCGCAAGGAUGAGAUGGAGUUCAGUGGCUUCCAGGGAAAAUAAUCCCACGAAGCGCCAGACUUUUCCCACAUUGCUCUUUGGACUUUUCUGGUCUGUUAGGUUUUGUAUAUUUUGACCCUUCCUUCCUUCCUUCCUUCCUUCCUUUCCCAAAGUGAUCCUGCAGCUCCCAAUCUAAAGGGGUAUUUAUGAUGGGCAGGUGCAGGCAGAGACUUCCCGAGUCCCUCAGCCGUCACGGAGAGUUUGAGGUCUUGGGAACGUGGCAGGACCUCAUGGGAACUGCAGUGGCCUGCAGUUUGCUCUUUAGGCCAGAAUUCCCCAACCUUUCCGGCUUUGCGGACUAAUGGGGGAGGGAAUGGUUCCGGGCGAGCGGCGUGCAUGUGUGCCCGCCACUCGUGCAAACGGAGCACGCGUGCAUGCAUGCACUUACCUGCUGCUUGCGCAAAGGGAGAUGCCCACGCGAGCUUGCUUGCCACGUCAGGCGGCCUGGUUUUAAACAGCUCACAGCCUGGUGGUGGGCCAGGGGUCGUGGGCACCUGCCAACAUCGUUCAGAGAUUUGCCCACAUGAGAACAUCCUGGUCCUGUCACUUCCAGCCACCCUCCAGAGGGUCAGUAGAAAUGGCAAGAGAAUGAUCUCAUCUUUAUCUCCAGUGCAGGAGAUGGUGCGUCCUGUGGGCAGGAGGACCUGAGUAGCUUUGACGUGCCUCUGCCUCGAUCCAUGGAAACACGGAAGUCCCUCAGAUAGGAAUAGAGCCGCCGGAUGUCACUCAUUUCCUCCUCAGCAGUCCUCUGCUCCCUCUUUGGGAUCUAUUUCACGGGAUCCGCUUUCGGUUCUCCUGCCUCUCAUGUUGUUCUGUCAUGGCCAACUCCAUCUUGGGUGCCCUCCGGAGAGGUGGACUUCGGUUCCCAGAAUGCUCAGCACAGACACGGAAGAGAAGUCUCUGCGAGGCAGCCACGCUGGAGGCGGCCAUUUCCUUGCAGAUGUGUGGUUUGUAUAAUAGAAGAAGCGUGUGUGUGUGUGUGUGUGUGUGUAUGUAGGCCUGGCCUGCUUGGGAAGAGGGGCAGAAGAGCUGGCUGCUCCCCUGCAGGUUUGAGGCCUUGGAGAAGAUGAGGCCGGAGGAUCAGAGAAGCCUGUGGGGACAGCCAAGCUUCCCCAGUUGGUGUCACUCGGGUUGGGUACCGUUCCCAUCUCCCGUCCCAUAGAGGGGCGCCUGGUUUUCGGUCAUCCGAGCGCUUCACCAUUUGUCCUUGUGCCAAAGAGAUCUGCUCCUUCACCGCUUUGUAUCACCUUCCUACAAAGAUUUGAGUGAGGAGUCCCCCCCCCCUUCAUAUUUUGCAUUGCCUGCCAAGCUUUUCCGUGUGUGUGUCUGUCUCCAAGUUCUGGCUCUCUUUCCAGGGCCUCUUCUGUGCAACUCUUGGGCUUCUUUGCAUUCUGGCCCUGCCUUUGGGGGGAACCCUGCCAGGAACUCCCAGCCCCUCUCUGCCGCCCUCCUUCCCAGCAGCCCUUCCUCCCUGGCCAUUCUCAGAUGCACUUUAGGAUGUUUCUCUCCUUUGGUACUGAAAGCCCCUCCGCCCUGGAUCGUUCUGGGUUGCUUUCUAGAAGUCCUCACCCAGAUUGGUGGAGGGAAAUCUCAUUGUUGUUUUUGCUUAUGAUCAUAACUGUAAAGCUUCCCUGGGCAGCUACUUCCCCACGGCCUGAAGCUGAGGAAGCUCCUCCUCUUCAGAGUGCCUUAUGCGCCCGAGGUGACCGUGGAGGGGCUCAGCCUGGCCUUGCCCUCUGCCCCGUCUCGGCCAGCUUAGUGCCUAGAGCCUUGGCCACAGAAGGACACCGUGGCUGGGACACAGAAAACCCUCCUGGCUUUGCAAGGUGUCUUCGCUGGGGAAAUCUGCUUGUCUGAACCCCCCCCCCAGCUCUUCUUCAGGAGACGGUUCCUGGCCUGAAGCCCCCCCCCCCCUACCAUGGGAGCACCAGCUCCCCCCCACCCCCCCAGUUCUGCCCUUCUCCAACUGGGAAGCUGCUGCUUCAGCACACGAUCUGCCUGCAGGGAACUCCUGUCCCAGAGGUUUUUUGUUUUUUUUCAAGGCCACCACCAGGUUUGUAAUCAAUAAAGACUUGAUUAGCUACAAAUGCUGGCUAGUCUGGA